UUGAAGUCCCUCAUCACAUUGCUUGCAAUCAAGUGCAUGUGUGUGUCUAUGAGUGGGAAAUUGGCUGGUUUAUUGAAAUCACAUCCAUCUCACUGCGUCAAUGGCUUCUCCAUCCAUCACCCUGGCUAUUCAGCCACGGGGAAAACUCGGCAAGAAAAUCCCUAAGGAGGUUCAGAUUGCUUCGGAUGCAUCCACCCAGGAGAUCUACCAAUCGCUCGCCAAAGUGUCGGGUCUCUCCAUCCACCGCCUGAGAAUCACCAAGGCCAGUGACCGGAGCUUGGUGCCGAAUUCCAAGAACGACACGAUCACCAGCACCGGUCUGAGUGCCAAAGAUGUGCUCCAGGUCAAGGAUUUGGGCCCCCAGAUCAGCUGGCGCACUGUCUUCAUCAUCGAAUACCUCGGACCCAUGCUCAUCCCGGCCCUGUUCCUCUUCCCCCUCCGCCCAUACCUCUACUUCAACUUCGACAAGCCCCUCCCGGAACCGUCCGACCUCCAGAUCCUCCUCUGCGGCCUCCUCACCCUCCACUUCCUGAAGCGCGAAUAUGAGACCAUCUUCGUGCACCGAUUCAGCAACGCGACCAUGCCCGCCUUCAACAUCGUCAAGAACAGCGGCCACUACUGGGUGCUCGCGGGAUUCAACAUCGCCUACUGGGCCUUCCGCCCCGAUGCCGCCGCCGCGGUCUCGACCUCCCAGGCGAACCCUAUCCUCCUCUACACCGGCGUGGCUCUCUUCGUAUUCGCCGAGCUCGCCAACCUCAACGCCCACCUGGUCCUCCGUGACCUGCGUCGUCCCGGUACCACGGACAGGGGUAUCCCCUCCGGAUUCGGAUUUAGCCUUGUGACGUGCCCCAACUACCUGUUCGAGAUCCUGGCUUGGGUCGGCGUCUACCUGGUCAGCGGACUCAGCUGGAGCGUCCUGUUCUUCAUCAUCGUCGGUGGUGGUCAGAUGGCCGCGUGGGCCUCGAAGAAGGAACGCCGGUACCGCAAGGAAUUCGGCGACAAGUACAAGCGCAAGAGGUCUGUCAUGAUUCCUGGCAUCUACUAGAGUGGAUGCAAACAGACGUUGCUGUGACACAUGCGAGCCGGGAGUCGGGCACACUUCGGUUUAAACCAGGCCUGGUCUCGACCAAUUGCGUGUGCGCUGGCUCGUCAUGGGGCUUGACCCUUGAUAUUCCGUGAUAUGGAGGAUCCGUCUUCCUCCAUACACCUGUAUGUUUAAAGUGAUACGAUUGCGUUUGCAAAGGAUACCCUUCUUGGGUGCUAUCCCGAGCAGGGGGGGAACAACCCCCAGUUUACCCUCAGGUGUAAUAUGAUACACGAUAUUUUUUUCAAUGCAUUGAAGUUAUCAGCUAU